ACUCUCUCUCUCUCUCUCUCUCACGCACCAGCACCAGUAACAAAGGCAACAGCUGCCUGCAACAACAUAUCAAAUCCCAUCGGUCUUCGAUCCCCUUGACCCCCUUCCCCAUCCUUCCCUUUCCAUUCUAUAAAAACCGCUCCCUCCUCCGUUCCCCCCGGUGACCUCAUUUGCGGCCAUGACCUCGACGACGAGAAAUCUUCCGGAGGAAGACUCGGGGGAGGAGAAAUUCUACGAGUCCUUGGACCGGAUCCUCUCCUCCUGCUCCAAUUCCGGCUCCGUCUCCGCCUCCGACGACGAAUCCUACACCGGAGGUCACCGUCGCCGCGUCGGACGCCUGCGUCUCCCCCCUCUGCGCUCUCUCGAUGUCUGGUUCUCCGAACCGGCCUCCGUCGAGGAGCGCCGCCGACGCCUACUCCGCCAUCUCGGCCUCUCCGGCGAUCCCGCGCUCUCUCGACCCCGAAGAUCUGACGCCGCCUCCUGUAAAAUCUCUUCCCCAUCCUCCUCAUCUGGAGUGGCCUGGCCCGGAUGCGACGGCUCCGCGAGCAAAUCGCUGUGCCAACAGCGGCAGGUCCCCUCCAAGCCUCCUCUCGGCGUUAGAUUCCGUAUCCCCGAUGCUUCCAAAGGCAUUCUUCCGAUCGAGGGGGGAGUCGUUCCCAGUGACUCGCGUUUCGUGAUCAAGAAUCUAGACGACGGGAGGGAGUUCGUGGUGAAGGAGUUACAAGAGGAUCGGAUGUCGAACACUGUCAGAGAAGUCGGAACAGGACGGCAGCUUACUAUGGAGGAGUUCGAUAUGUGCAUUGGGAAGUCCCCCAUAGUUCAAGAGCUGAUGAAACGGCAGAGCGUGGAGGAUGCCACUGACAGCAGUGGCGCCGAUUCCCGUAGUUCUGGUAGUGGGGGUUCUGUUGUUGUCAGAAGGUCUGCUGGAGGAUGGAGAUGGAAAAAAAGGGGAAGUUGGCUUAGAAGCAUCAAGAAUGUCGCCGAGAACAUGGUGGCUAGAGGGCACAACUGCGACCGCAAGCGUAGCGAUGACAAAGAUAGUUCAUCUGAGAUGGGAGGGAGAUCCAGCUCGGCUACCAAUGAUAACCUUGAUGGUUUAAACGACCUAAAUCAUUGCCCUGAGAGAAUAAGAGUCCGGCAAUAUGGGAAGUCUCAGAAGGAGCUCAGUGGUUUGUGCAUGACCCAGGAAAUCCAGGCGCAUAAUGGGUCCAUCUGGAGCAUUAGAUUCAGCUUGGAUGGGCAGUAUUUGGCCAGUGGAGGCGAGGACUGUGCCAUUCGUGUGUGGGAGGUCUUAGAGGUUGACAGAUUUGGCAAUUUGGCUACUGAUGAAGCCUCACCAGAGAUGACAUCCACUUUGGCCAGCGCUGACAGAAAUCAAUGGGAUAAGCAGAGAAGAGCAAAGGUUAGGUGCAGUAAGAAAUCUGUGUGUUCUCACCCUUUGAAGGUACCAGCGCAUAUCGUUGCUCUGUCUGAAAAGCCUGUGUGUUGUUUCAGAGGUCACUUAGGUGAUGUACUUGAUCUAUCUUGGUCGACAUCUCAGUUUUUGCUUUCCUCUUCAAUGGAUAAAACGGUCCGACUUUGGCACAUGUCCAGUACUUCCUGCUUAAAAGUAUUCUCACAUAGUACAUAUGUGACAUGUAUCCAGUUCAAUCCUGUUGAUGACCGAUAUUUCAUCAGUGGAUCCCUCGACAACAAGGUGAGGAUAUGGAGUAUUCCAGAUCGGCAAGUUAUUGAUUGGAAAGAUUUGCAUGAGAUGGUCACUGCUGCUUGUUAUACGCCUGAUGGACUGGGUGCUCUAAUUGGUACACAUAGGGGAAAUUGCCACUUGUAUGAUGCAUCGGAUAGCAAGCUUAUUCAGAAGAGUCAAGUAGAUCUGAAAAACAGAAAGAAGAAAAUCACUGGUUUCCAGUUUGCUCCUGGAAAUCCAUCAAAGGUACUAGUAACAUCUGCAGAUUCGCAAAUUCGAAUUAUUCAUGGUGAUGAACUGGUCCACAAGCUUAAAGGUUUUCGCAACACAAACAGCCAAAUAUCAGCCUUCCCAACAGCCGACGGGAAACAUGUGAUAUCUGCUAGUGAAGAUUCUCACAUCUAUGUAUGGAGAUUUGAUGAUUCUCAAACACAAACAAAAGGCAAUGCGACCACCACUCAAUCCUACGAAUAUUUCCACUGUCGGGGUGUGACUGUGGCUGCUCCUUGGCCAAACACCAGUUUGCAAAAGAUGGCGAGAACUUGCCCCAACAACCAAGCAAAUGUUGCAUCAGUAGGAGAAAGUGACAGGCUUCGGCUUUCAGAUCCUCAGUUUUGCCAACGCAUCAAUUCUCACCAGAAUGGUGCCACUGGCAACUCAAACUGGUUUAACGAUAAGGUCACAGCGACUUGGCCUGAAGAGCUUAUGACGCCCAAUAAGCAGAGCCCUAAAUGUAAUGGUGAUUUGUGCAACGGAGGAACAGCAGCACAAAGCUGGGAAGCCUUUGGAUUGGUGAUCGUAACUGCAGGUGUGGGUGGUGAAAUAAAAACGUAUCAGAAUUUUGACUUUCCCAUCCAUUUGUGAAGCUUCUGUAUCUAUAUGGAGAUGGCUUCACUCGCUCAGAUGUUGAGGCUAGCUGCGGUGCUUAUAGGUGUCGUUGUUCCCUUCUCAGUAGCUGAUACCAAAUAACUCUGAAUACUGAAUCCAUUAGUCAUUUUAUAAAAAAACUACUCAGCCACAAUAGAGAUUUCUUAUCCCACGUUCAUAUUUUAUAGGGUGGGUAGAAUGUAGUAAGAUGGUACAGCGCCCAUGCACGCAUUUCUCUCUAAAUUAUUAUCCACCGUAUCCUUAAUUAUUGUAAACUGAAACAAUUACGUACAGGGCAGUGACGAGACUGUUGUAGAUGUGGCAAAGUGUUAUUUUGGGGUUAAUUAUCA